AUGCCACGAGGCAGGCCAUCAGGCUCCAAGAAUAAGCCCAAGACCACUUCCCUCCUAGUGGCCCAACCCGUUGAGCCCUCCAUGAAGCUUGUCAUCAUCAACGUUGACCGAGGUAAGGACAUCAUGCAAACUAUUCUUAAUGUCGCUCACCAGGGUUGCGUCAGCCUCACUGUCCUCAGCGCCUCUGGCACAGUCACUAGUGUGACUCUUUGCAACUCACCCAACGAUGGCGGUGGUGCCCUCAUGCUCCAUGGGCCUUUCACCUUACUCUCCAUCAAUGGCUCAUACUUCUACAACAACAACCAAUACAAUCUUCACUCUGGAGCAACCCGUUCCCCUCCUGUAUCCUUCGGGAUCCACCUCUCCACCUCUAAGGGCAAGAUCCUUGGCGGUGCAAUUGGCGGCAAUGUCAUCGCCGGUGACGAUGUCAGCAUCACACUCUCCACCUUCAGCCACCCUGAGAUUUACAUGUACGUUCCUAAGGAUGAGGAAGAAGACAAUGAUGAAAAAAAACAAUAA